ACGGGGGGGGUUGCCCUCGCCCUGCCGGUGGGUUUCAUUUCCAGCCGCUCCGGGUUGGCGGAUGCUGCGUGGGGUUAAAGUGCCCUGCCUCUGCCUUGCUUUGACAUAGCAUCUGAGUAGCCUGGAAUUAUAGCAGCUGCUCCAGGGUCACAGCGCCGAGCGGGUCUCACUAUGACCCUAGAUACGCUGAGGCAACUGCUACCUGAGGUGGAGGUGGGUCCUCACCUAGUCUCAGCCCUGCUCGGCAGCUCGGCUGCAGCCAUCCUGGUACUGAAAUGGAUGGGGCAGAGACGGACGCAGAAGAAGAUGGAAGAGGCGAGGAGAAGGAGAGAGCUGGGUUUGGGGCAAAUGGAAAAGGCUGUUCAGCAAUUUAAACAGCAGAACCCAGGGAUACAGGCCAGUCACAUCCUCUCCCUGUCGCUUGUGGAGCUGGCUGAAAAACUGAAGGAAGGUUCCCUGUCUCCAGAGAGCGUCCUCUACACGUACAUGGACAAGGCCUUGGAGGUGACCCGGGAGGUGAACUGCCUAAGACAUUUUAUUCCGGAGUGCGAGGAGCAGCUACAGGAAGUGCGAAGGCAGAAGGAGAAAGGGUUAUUGUAUGGCGUUCCUGUCAGCAUCAAGGAUCACAUUGGCUAUAAGGGCCACCUCUCCACCUGCGGCUUUGUGCAACUCCUCAGCAGGCUGGAGCAAGAGGACAGCGUGAUGGUCAAGGUCUUGAAGAGACAGGGGGCCAUUCCGUUUGUACUAACCAAUGUCCCACAGUCCUUAUUCAACUACGACUGCAGCAACUCGAUCUUCGGCCAGACGGUGAAUCCGCUGAACCACCAGAAAAGCCCCGGCGGCUCCUCCGGAGGGGAGGGGGCGUUGAUCGCCGGAGGAGGGUCCGUCCUGGGCUUUGGGACAGAUAUAGGUGGGAGCAUCCGCCUGCCGUCCAGCUUCUGCGGGCUGUGCGGGCUCAAGCCGACGGGCAACAGGCUGAGUCUCUCUGGAAUUAGCGGCCCUAUUGAUGGGAUCCUAUCAGUUACAGGAGCGGUAGGACCAAUGGCGAGGGACGUGGACAGCCUGGCUCUGUGCAUGAGAGCGCUCCUGUGUGACGACAUGUUCCGCCUGGACCCCACCGUGCCGCCCCUGGCCUUCAACGAGGAGGUGUACUCCAGCUCUGCCCCUCUUCGGAUCGGGUACUACGACACAGACGGCUAUUUCCUGCUACCUCCCUGCAUGAGACGGGCUGUGCAUGAAACCAAGGAGAGUCUCCAGAAAGCUGGACACACACUGGUGCCCUUUGCUCCUCCUCGGCCUGACUACGUCAUGAAUGAGCUUUUUGUGAAAGGUCUUUUUGCUGAUGGAGGCUCCACUUUACUGGGCAUGUUUGCAGGGGACGUUGUGGAUCCAGGCUUGGAACCCCAGGUGAAUUGUUACAGGAUUCCAACACUGGUGAAAAAAAUGCUGGCUCUUACGGUUCGACCUCUGUUUCCGCGCCUGGCGGGUUAUUUGGCUGCGCUGUGUGGAGUGAGGUCCAAGAAACUUCUGUGGAAGCAGCACGCCCAAGUGACGGCUUACCGCAUGGAGUUCAUCGCCGCAUGGAGGAAACUCAAGCUGGAUGUCGUGCUGUGUCCGGUUCUAGGUCCUGCCUUCACGGUCGGCUAUCCUGGGAAGUUAUUCGCUGCUGUUUCCUCUACCAUGUUGUACAACGUCUUAAACUUCCCCGCGGGGGUUGUGCCGGUCACCACCGUUACGGAGGCUGAUGAGGAAGAUCUGAAGCAUUACACAGGGCACUACGGUGACCCCUGGGAUAGGACACUGAGGCAGGCUGUGGAAGGAGCCGUGGGGCUGCCUGUCGCCAUUCAGUGCGUGGCUCUGGCGUGGCAGGAGGAGCUGUGUCUGCGGUUCAUGAAGGAGGUGGAGACGCUCGCCCGAGGGAGGAAGAGGAGAAAAGUGUGACCUCUCAGGGGGUAUGUGUCUCUAAGGAAUCCAGCUAUUCCUUCCCAGCCAAUAAAAGGAUUGCAAAAAGUCCUUUCAGCAAAACAAUGCAAGGUUUCUCUCAAGUAUUUACUUGGUGUCUAAAGUGCAGGAUGAGAGCAUAAGAAUCAGUGUAUAACCAGAAACCAGCAACCAACCAACCCAGAAUAUCACCCAGCAAAACCAGGAGGGUGUGGGAAAGAGGAAUUCCCCUGUCAGAUCAGACAUGUACAAACUGUUCUGGGUCAUUUCUCCAACACGAGUGGGGGAAGAAAACCUCCAGUCUCUUCUCCCCUCAGUGUAAAUGCAAAUGAUUCCAAUUAUUGAUGUCCUACAUAAUUUAUACCUUGGAUGUUCUUUGCACCACCACCAUCUUUAGGUCGCUCGGUAAAAUACACCCGGCGCAUCUGACACAAGGGAAGCUGUGUGGUCCCUUUAAGAAAAAGGGACGGGACAAUGUUUCAGGGCUUGAGGCAGACUUAAGAUCAGACUUCAGCCCUGGGGAAGUUUUCAGUCUGACCCAGGAGGUUAUGUGAUUGCAGUGAAGCCAAAAGAGAAGAGAAAAUGCUUUUAAAGGAGCCACAGCAUGCCCUGAUUGGUGUCAGAGCCAGAGUCCUCAAAAAGAAAACGGGGACAAGAGACGGCAUGAGGUCUUGUCAUGUCUUUAAAGUGAAGCUCUGCUCCCAAAAUGGGACUGUAGCUCCUUUUUUACUGGUCAUCACUGAACUAGGAAUCACAAGAUCUGGGCUUUGUUCCCAGCUCUUCCAGUGUCUUGCUGGGUGAACUUGGGCAAGUCACUUCAUCUCUGUGACUUGGUUUCCCUAUAUGUAAAAUAGUGGGGCAGGGAUGGGGGGGAGCCGAAUUGAUGUGGGGUCUCUGGAAGGAGAACUGAUGUUGGGGCGGUGGGUGAGAACUGGCAUCUUGGAAAACUGAUGAUGAGACUUGGAGGGGGCAGAACGUAUGUGAGGACAGAAUAUUGUUUUGGAGUAUUGAGCAUGAUCAGGGGCAUAGACGAUUCUUGUAUGUGGGGGCGAGAGUUAAAAAUAAAAAAUAAUCAAAUGAAAAAUUGUAGACGGUUCAGAGAAGAGCCACGAGAAUGAUUAAAGGGUUAAUAGUGAUAGACAAAAGGAGCUCAAUCUAUUCCUCUUAACAAAGAAGGCUAAGGGGUGGCUUGUUUACAGUCUAAAUAUCUGUAUGGGAAACAAAUAGUUAAUAAUGGCUUCUUGAGUCCAGCAGAGAAAGGUCUAACAUGAUCCAAUGGCUGGAUGUUGAAGCUGACCAAUUCAGACUGGAACUAAGACGUACACUUUUAACAGCGAGAGCCAUUAACCAUGGGAACAAUUUACCAAGGGCUGUAGAUUCUCCAUCAUAGACAAUUUUUCAAUCAAGAUUGGAUGUUUUUUUCUAUAAGAUUUGUUAGAGGGCUUUCCCUCAAACCCCCCCCCCCCCGGUUCUUGUCAUACAGAUGGCAAGCAGCAAAAGACCAGAAGUCCAAAGUGCAGACAAUGCGAUGUUUAUUGGGGUUAAUGUCCAAGCAAGCAUAUUCCGAAUCCCUUCACACCAGUCGGGCUUAUCUCUAUACGCCGAUAGAAUCUCUUCCCAGCUCUGAUGCCUCAGAGCAUUUACCCCGCGUCCCCCUUCCCAGCUGACGCCGUAGAGCCUUACCUGUGUCCCUGUUCCCUGUUCCCUAUUCCCGUUCCCCCCCCCCCCUUAGCAAGCAUGAUUCCAAUUUCCCUUCCAUUUCCUGUUUGAUCCCAGUUUAUAUAGUAAUAUUCUCAGCUAUACCUUAACCAAUCAUUUUACUGAAAUGUAACUAAACAAUCCUAACAUAUUGUAACAUAAUUCUCUAACCAAUCAUAUCCCACCACCCUAAUUAACUUACACCCAGCAUAAUUAAUUAUACAGCAGACAGAAACAAUUGGAGAACCAGACCGAUUAACAAUAGAAAAGUGGGGGCCAUAAAGAUAAAACAAUACAGAAAUGAGGGUUUCACAACCACAACCAUUGAUAAGUGAUUUCUUGCCAGACAGGAUACCAUCAAACUAAGUUUUCUUUAACCAUCUUAAGAUCUGUCUCUUUCUCUGGUGGCGAUGGGCAUUAUCGGGACAGGAUUGUCUUCCUAACAGCCCAACAGCACCUCAUUUCAGUGUGAUUGGUUUGGGAGGUGAGGAUGUGGCUGUAGGCUUCCCAGCAUAUGGUUGCCCCUGCUGCUUAGCCAAAGGUCUUAACCUAAGAACAAGGCCUCAGACUAGCCAAGUGAGAUAAGGCCCAUACUCAGGCCGACUGUGACUUUGAUUCUUUUGGCUGGUCCACACUAACCCCCCAGCUGAAGUCGAAGUAUCUUAGUUCGAACUUACCGCGGGUCCAGAGCGGCAGGCAGGUCUCCCCCGUCGACUCCGCGUACUCUUCUCACUGAGCAGGAGUACCGGCGUCGACGGCAAGCACUUCCGGGAUCGAUUUAUCGCGUCUAGACAAGACACGAUAAAUCGAUCCCAGAAGAUCGAUUGCUUACCGCCGAACCCGGAGGUAAGUAUAGACGUACCCUUUAUUUUUAUACCCCUAUAACUAGCUAAGUGAUAAAAAUACACCUAAGUUCUUAAAGUACAGGCUUUACAGGCAGGCCUGAAUAUCUAUAUUCUAACAAGAUUAUUUGGAGAAGUUCUCUGGUCUGUGUUAUACAGGAGGUCAGACUAGAUGAUUCCAAUAGUCCCUUCUGGCCUUGAAAUCUAUAAAUAGCUGUUGAAUAUCCCUUUAAUGAGUUUUGUACCAGACUAAAUUUGCCCAGUUUUAAGGAAGUGAAAUAAACAAAUAGCUGUUUCAAACUCACUGUUUCCUUUGUUAAUGCAAUCCCUACCUUUUGGGGGGAGCAAGCCGCCAGUUGUUUACAUGCAUGAUGCUGCAUACGCAUAACGGGGCUGAAUUAAAGUUGCACAGAUGAUUUUAA